AGCAGGGUUCCGUUUGUUGGUGUCUACCACGGAAGUAAUAGCUUUGGAAAUAAAUAAUGGUUAAAAGCAAGCGGUAACACCGUUAUUUUUGUUUAUUGUUAUUUUGUCUUUAUAAAAUUACCUUUGGAAACGCGCAGUUUAAAAUGAAUUUGCUUAUUUUAAUGGCUUUAUUUUGCCUAAGUGCGCUAAUGGCUCGAAGCCACGACGGUGAAUGGGUGCAUUUACCGAAUAAAUGUGAAGUCUGUAAGUUUUUGAGCAUAGAGAUGAAGUCUGCCUUUGAUGAAACUGGCAAAACAAAGGAGGUGAUUGAGACAAACUACCGUUUCCUGGACGAUAAAGGCACACCACCAAUCAAAUAUGUGAAAUCUGAUAUUCGUUUUAUUGAGGUAAUGGAGAGUGUCUGUUCACGGAUCCUGCAUUACAACCUACACAAAGAGAGAGAUGGCAGCAAUCGCUUUGCAAAGGGUAUGUCUGAGACCUUUUCUACUUUGCAUAACCUGGUCCACAAGGGAGUGAAGGUCGUCAUGGACAUUCCUUAUGAGCUGUGGAAUGAGACGAGUGCAGAGGUAGCUGAUCUCAAAAAACAGUGUGAUGUGAUGAUUGAGCAGUAUGAGGAGGUUAUUGAAGACUGGUAUAAAGGCAGCCAGGACGAGGAUCUCACGAUGUUCCUGUGUGAGAAACAUGUCCUAAAAGGACAAGAUACAUCUUGUCUACAGGAAAACUGGGCUGGGAAAAAAGGAGACACUGCAGCCAUAGCGGAAGACAAAAAGAAAAAGAAGGGCAAAAAGAAGGGCAAAGAUGGUGAGCGUGGCCAAAAGAAGGACAAGAAAGUCAAGAAGAAGAAGAAAAAGAGUAAGCAGAAGAAUCAGGAGGAAGGACAUACAACAGACGAGGAGAUUCAAGAAAGUGUUCCUCUGCAUCGGGAGAAAAGUGAACUUUGACUUGCUGUACUUCAUUCAGUUUUGUUUGGCUUCUAUUUUCUCACUCGCCUGUCAGUAUAAAUGUGUGAAUGAUCACGAGUAUGGUUUAGAGCUAUAAAAUGGCUAGGUGGUUUAUUUUUUCUGCAUUUUGUUCUGGGUCAUUGUAAGUGAUGUUUAGUUUUCUCUUUAAUGCAUUAUGGUUAAAGAACUUUGCCACAGUUUAUGGUUUUAAAUCCCCUUUUUUAGUUUCAUAGUGAUACAGGUUAUGUUCUCAUAUAUGCUUAUUCAGAAUUAAAAAAGUGUCAGUGUUACUGGGAACGAUUUGAUGAUAAACGUGUUUUUAUGAUGAAGUAUUUGCUUUGGAUAUUAAAUGCUAUUAUUGACAACUGUCAGAUUGUGUGUGUGUGUGUGUCAGUUGUAUUGCAAUAUGUGCAAUAUAUGCAGUUUAUGCAAGACGUGUAUUUAGCAGGCGUUAUAAAGGUCACAAUUCUACCACAUCCCACCUCCCUGGUACUAAACAGGUAUAGACAGAUUGUGUUUUGUGAUUUGAUUUGAUAGAGAUAAUCUACAAUGCAGUUGUUAAUGCAGUUUUGUGCCCUUAAAUAAAACUGGAGGUGUCAAAAAAA